AGGAAGGAGAGAGAGAGCGAGAGAAAUGGCUGGCUUGCCUGACAGGGAGGGCCCUACUUCUGGAUCGCUGGUUCUUUGGCUCUCUUGCUCGUUUGUUUGUCUUCUCCCGCUUGCCUUUCAUUUGAUUGAACGGCCGCGGGGUUUGUAAACAAGACAAAUAACCGUUCACGUUAAAGGUUGAGGAUAUGUAGUGAACUAUGUAGGGAGCGACGCUACCGCGGCAUCGUGAUCCUAGGCUCUUGGUCAGCUUGUCAGCAAACAGUGCUCCAUGAUCAAAUGACAUACAACACCUCUGUCAUGGACUCGCAGACUGCAGAUCGCUCCCAAAAGAUCACCGCAGUGUUUAAGUCUACCUAUCUCUGUCCUCAGGUGAAUGGACCGCUGACGGGCUCCAGGAAGCGGCCGUCGGAGGGAAAUUACGAGAAGGAAAAGGACGUGUGCAUUCAGCUUUUCGAUCAGUGGUCUGAGACCGACCAGGUGGAGUUUGUGGAACACCUGAUCUCACGCAUGUGCCAUUACCAACACGGCCACAUAAACUCCUACCUCAAACCCAUGCUCCAAAGGGACUUCAUCACGGCACUACCAGCUCAGGGUCUGGAUCACAUAGCGGAGAACAUCUUGUCUUUUCUGGAUGCACGCUCGCUGUGUUCGGCUGAGCUGGUGUGCAAGGAAUGGCAGCGUGUGAUUUCUGAAGGCAUGUUGUGGAAGAAGCUGAUUGAGCGUAUGGUUCGGACAGACCCGCUGUGGAAGGGCCUUUCAGAGAGACACCAGUGGGAAAAAUAUUUGUUUAAGAAUCGAACGACAGAAGUUCCUCCCAACUCGUACUAUCGCUCUCUUUAUCCGAAAAUUAUUCAGGACAUUGAGACCAUCGAGGCGAACUGGAGAUGUGGACGGCACAACCUGCAGAGGAUCCAGUGCAGGUCGGAGAACAGCAAGGGAGUUUAUUGUCUGCAGUACGACGAUGAGAAGAUCAUCAGCGGCCUGCGAGAUAACUCAAUCAAGAUAUGGGAUAAACAGAGUUUGGAGUGCCUGAAGAUCCUGACGGGGCACACGGGAUCCGUGCUGUGUUUGCAAUACGAUGAGAGAGUCAUUGUUACCGGUUCCUCUGAUUCCACUGUCAGAGUGUGGGACGUGAACUCGGGGGAGGUUCUGAACACUCUGAUACAUCACAACGAGGCCGUGCUACACCUGCGGUUCUGUAACGGGCUAAUGGUGACCUGCUCGAAGGAUCGUUCGAUCGCCGUGUGGGACAUGGCUUCUCCCACGGACAUAAGCCUUCGUCGCGUACUCGUCGGCCACCGAGCUGCCGUCAACGUUGUCGAUUUUGAUGACAAGUACAUUGUGUCUGCUUCGGGGGAUCGAACCAUAAAGGUGUGGAGUACGAGCACCUGCGAGUUUGUUCGGACGUUGAAUGGUCACAAGCGAGGAAUCGCCUGCCUGCAGUAUAGGGACAGACUGGUGGUCAGUGGUUCGUCGGACAACACCAUCAGAUUGUGGGAUAUUGAGUGUGGAGCGUGUUUGCGAGUUUUGGAAGGGCACGAGGAGCUUGUUCGCUGCAUUCGCUUCGAUAACAAGCGGAUCGUAAGCGGAGCAUAUGAUGGUAAAAUUAAAGUAUGGGACCUGCAGGCUGCUCUUGAUCCACGAGCACCGGCCAGCACUCUCUGUCUGCGUACACUUGUGGAACAUUCUGGCCGAGUGUUCCGGCUUCAGUUUGACGAGUUCCAGAUCAUCAGCAGUUCCCACGAUGACACUAUUCUUAUCUGGGACUUCCUCAAUGUGUCGACCAACGGACAGUCGGAAGGACGGUCGCCGUCCCGCACGUAUACCUACAUAUCCAGAUAGCAGGGAAGCCCUGGUGGCGUGCGGCGUGUGUGUGAGUGCGUGUGGGGACUGUUCGGGUGACCCAGUCUCUGUGGAAGUGUGCCAGGAUCAAAGGUCGAGGAACGCCACCAUCACCCCUCCCCUUUACCCUCCUUUCUCCAUCUGCCCAUUUGAUUUCUCCCCUCAUCUGUCAUUUUGAGGGCUGCCCCAACACACAAACUGAAUCGGUUCUCUUUCUCCCUCUCUGCGGAGGAGGGGAAAAGAUGGAGGGAGCGACUGCCAUACAGCAGAGCUUGUGAAGGUGGGCGUAGAGCCCGGUCCCCACGUACAGAGUGACUGCUGCCCCAGCUCCGCCCACUGGGCAAACGAACUCUGUAUCUAUCUUUUGUUUUCGUUCAUUUUCAUUGAUGGAUUAAAGAAGAAUAAACUAAAGUGAGAAGGCCUCGUCCUUCCCAGAACACUGUUCUGCAUGAAUGAGCAAGCAAUGGGACGUAACGCGUGCUGGUCAACCUUCGGUUUCUGUCUUAUGGAUUUUUUAUGCUUUUCCUUUUUUUUAUUUGGGAAAAUGACUUAAUUUUUUUGCUUUUCUUGUGAAAUCGUAUGAAUAAUUGUAGUUCUUUGACUCUUCUCCUGAUAUGUCCCUCCAUUUCUCUGUUGUCGUCUUUCUCCUCUCUCCGUCUCGUUUCCGUCUCCGUCUGCUCGUCUAGGUUCUGAAUGACCCAUAACUGAUCUGAAUUUAGUUGUAAGCAGAAUUGUCUCGUCUAAAAUGGUGUUGUAUAUUGAAAAGAUUUUUUAAAGAAAAAACAUUAUUAAUAAGAAUAAAGUAAUUGACUGUG